AUGAACGAUGAGCUUUUAAUUGACUGGGUUUAUGAGCGAUAUAAAAAGCAACAACAAGGUUCUUUCGACAAUGACAGGUUUAGCUUCUUGAAUACAAGAACAAAAUACUUGUUUAUUUCCAUUCUUUCGGGUAUUUUAAUAGGCCUAUCGACAGCUUUACUGAACGGCCUAACAUUUUUACUUAGCAGUUUUCGUGAAGGAUACUGCAAAACAAAUUUUCUACUAGACAAAACUGCUUGCUGUGCAGUCUUGACUGACGAAUAUGAAUGCCAUAGCUUUCAUUACUGGAGAUACGAACAUCUGUACCUUACAGCCGUAUUUAUUUAUUCUUCUUUUUCCAUAGGAUUUGCUUUGCUGGCAUCUUUGUUAAAAGUAUUCUUUUUUCCUACGGUAUCCGCAAGUGGAAUCCCAGAGAUUAAAGCGACCUUAAGCGGUUAUACACUACCUGAUGCAAAGUCAUUUUUCUCUUUAAAAACCCUUAUAUCAAAAACGUUGUCAAUAUGUCUUUGUGUGGCCUCUGGUUUAUGGGUUGGAAAAGAAGGCCCUUUUGUUCAUGUAGCCAGUAAUAUAGCCAUGCUCGUGGCCUCUGUUUUUUCAGAAAUUAGCAAUUCCAAUCUCUACUCUCGUCAAAUUUUGAUUGCUGCGAUAUCGUCUGGUAUAGCUGCUUCCUUUAACGCUCCUGUCGGCGGGGUUUUGUUUGCUUUGGAACAAGUUACCACUAGCUCGUUUCCAUCUUCGUUGACUGGGUCUAUAUGGUAUGAAUUCUUGUGCUCCGCCUUUUCUGUCGUUACAUUGCAACUACUUAGAUCUUGGCAACCUGGUGCUGGGUUUCUUUCAUACGUCUCAUUGGAAAGGUAUUGGACCUAUCUGGAUUUACUUCCUUUCAUUUUUAUAAGCAUUCUUUGUGGAUUCCUUGGAUCAGUCUUGGUUCGCUUAUAUAUGAAAACUCUAGAAAAGUACAGUUCUUCCUCUAAAGGGUAUAGUAUAUGUUCGGUUGGAUUUCUGAGUUUUAUGACUUGCUUCAUUUCUGUUCCAGCCUUGCUUGACUACGGUAUUUUAUACAACCCGACGGAAUUGUUUUUUCAAGUUUCAAACUCAUGCUCUCCUUCUUCUGCCUCUAUUCUGUGUGAAGUUCAACCAUGGAUUACCUCCUUAGUUCUUUUUGCUUCUGCAAUAGUGGGAUUACUUUUUACAGGCCUUACGUAUGGAAUGCAGAUACCAGGUGGCAUUCUUACACCUUCUUUAGCAAUUGGUGCUUGUUUAGGUCGAUGCAUCGGCACCAUUUUAAGAAGCAAUUUUCCUUCCUUGGCAGGAUCAACUGUAUAUGCCAUCGUCGGCGCUACGGCAUUUUUAAGCGCAACAACUAGACUUACCAUUUCACUAGUGGUUAUUAUUUAUGAGUUGACAGGUGCUUUUACUGUAGUACUACCCCUAAUGCUUGCGACCCUGCUCAGCAGGUGGAUCUCAAAUUUCAUUAAUCCCUUUUCCAUUUAUGAUUCCUGGUUACACCUUAAGAAGGUUCCUUAUUUUCCCAUCUCAGAUGCUGAUACUAUUUCUUCCUUUAAUUUCGAUCUUCCGAUGACCCCCAACGAAAAAAUCCACAAAUUGCCGUUACACAGAUGUACUAUAAAUCAAAUGGAAUGCGCAAUAAAACAAAGUGCUCACCCUUAUAUAGCUGUCGUGAAAGACCGAACAGAAUAUUUUGUCGGCCUUAUUUCUAGAGAAAAAUUAGGAAAGCUGCUGGAUACUUCAGCUAUGGAUCAAGAUUUAUUCACACAAGUCAGUUCCAACCUGCAUCCUGAAGAACAAAGCUUAUCCUCAGUUGAUUUGACUUUUUCUCUCUCUAAUUAUUUAUACCCAGCUACUUUUACCUUGAGUUAUAAUACACCUCCAGUACUCGUACUGAAAAUGUUUCGAGAAAUGGGAAUAACAGUUGUUGUUUUAUUACGUCGUGGAAAAUUGCAUGCGAUAAUUACAAAACUGGAUAUCUUGGAACAAGCGAUAGCUUUGAGAAAUCAUGCAAACAUACCUUCUCAAGUUCAAAUCAAUACAGAUGCUUAG